CACGACGACGACGGCUAGAUACCUACAGCUCACCAGGCACGGCCGUACACAGGAACAUCACAGUUUCUCAGUCAGUUUCGUCGAGACACUUUCAUCAUCGUCAUCAUCGAGUCAGUCGCGGUCGUGAUUGUCGUGGACGUCUGCUGGCUGAGUCUGAGACGGUCGUCGUCGAGGCUGUCUCGUUUCGCGUUUGUUCAGAGUGGAAUUCAAUAAUUAGAUCGGAAAAACGGUGUGUACAAUAUUGGAACACGGAGUAUUCCUUGGUUGGAGCUAACUGAUAUCGGAAUAGUGCUGAAUGAAUAGCAUUAGUGCUCCAUCUGGAGCGAAUCGAUGAAGCGGAAAAUUGAGCGAAGUGUCGAAGAAAUAAAUGAUGACCAUAAAGGAAGUUGGGCCCGACAUCGCGGUGAAGUGGUCCGGAAGAUAAGAGAACCCGUCGUUCCUACGAGAGGAUACUCCGAUGAAAGUAUACAGGUUCAAAAUUUUAAGGAAAUGUGAAAACAUAUGCAAUGAUAGUGAUUAAGGUGAAAAUUAAAAUCUGUGGAAGCUGCGCUUAGUUGCGAUUGUUGGAAGAGAAAGUUCAGAGGAUAAGGGAGAGAGCAGCACAACGCCAGAGUAAGGACUGCCGCUACAAAAUGGGGAACUACUGUAGUUCGGGACAAACCAAAAAGGACAAGGAUAAUGCUUCAGAGAAGUCGGAAGAAUCGCCAUCGUACCAGCUGGCCGAGAAAAAUAAAUCCAAACCCAACGAUACGAAGGAAGCUCCACUGGCAGCACCGGAAGUGACUUCCGACGGGUCCGGAACGGGACCGGUAUCGAAUAAUUCUACUGCCAGUGGAGGUGGAGGUGGUGCAGCAGUUGGCAGCAAUCCAGCGACAACUGGUGGCUCAUCUGAGACUAGUAAAGCACAAUUGAAGGCUCUGCAGAAUGUACAGUCGGUUACACUCUCUGCUGAUUCAACGUCCAACAGCCCGAUGGCUGCCUCACCUCCCUGUGAUAUCUCGUUGAUUCAGCAGAACCUACCGCAGAGCUUGACACCAUUGUACGGAAAGCCAGCCUCUAGUCGCCGCACGGAUAAAUAUAAGAAAAUUGUCCUCUAUAUUCUGGCAGCCGAUGAUACGUAUCAAACGGAGAAGACUGUCCUACGAGAUGUAUUCAAAGGAUUGGUGCAAAAGUGUCAAAGUCGCGGCUUUGAGCUGCACGUUUCGGAUUUGCACGUGCAGCAAACCAAGGGCAACAGUUUAAAUGUGACUAAAUGGUUGAGCGGCCCGUUGGAGGCCCAAGGAGGACACGAUUUGGCUGCCAACUGUUUGGCGGAAAUUGCACGCCAGUCGUGUGAUUCCUAUCUGAUCCCGAUACUGUUCCUGAGCUCUACCUUGGGGGACCCGUUGCUUCCGCUGACGAUUGAAAGUCAAGACUUCGCAUCGGUGCUGCAAACAGCCGAGAUUAACGCAGAGGACCGAGCCAUUCUGGAGAAGUGGUACACAUUGGACGACAAGUCGCAGCCGGCGUGCUACCGUUUGAAUGUGAAAAACAACUCGAAUCUAACGGCAGAAGAAUCGGAGAAGGAGCUCUCUACGUUGCUGAAAAUUUUAAUUGAUAUCUUUCCCAAAGAGCUACGGGAUUCCUAUCUGACAACGGUGGUUGAACAGGAAAUCAACAACACUGUUCUGAUCAACCAGGAGCUCUCUAAGCGAUGUCUUUGGAUCCAAAAUACGAUCUCACCGUUGAAGGUCACGGAAAAUUCAACAUCCGCCGAAGUGGAAAUGGUUCGAAGAAUUACCAACAUUCAGGGCGAUUUGAAGAACCACCUGACCGAGAAGCACAUCCUUCGUAUUCCGGCGAACAUCGCCCAGCAACAGGAUCAGUUUGCCACGCUACUGGAGAAUUGUCUGUCCACCGAGAUUGAUCUGAUCGUCGAGGAGCACAUGAGCAAAUAUUCGAUUCCCAUGUGCACCUACGGAGUCGAUCGCCGGCUGCUGAGUGAAAUCGAGGAAGUCAACCGCCAUUCACGUGUUCUGAAUGAAAAUUGCGCCAACUUUUCCAUUACGGAUCGGGUGAAAGAGUACCUCACCAGUAAACGACGGAAACCGCUGGUGAUUUUCGGCAAAACCGGUGCCGGGAAGAGUGUUCUGGUGGCAAAGAUCUCCCAGAAUAUCCAUACGUGGCUGCCGGAUUCUCAUUUAGUUCUAAGAUAUACCAAUCUGACUGCGAUGAGCUCCGAUGUGACCUCGUUGUUAGGAUCAAUUACGGAACAAAUUUCGGUGCUCGUGAAAAGUGUACCAACUCGAUGCCAUCAUACCAUUGAAUCAUACUCGGAAACUUUGAAGCAGCUGAUCGAAGGCACAAAACAGCAAAUCACAAUCCUGAUCGAUUCCGUAGAUAGUCUUCGGGAUCUCGACGAGCUCGAUUGGCUUCCGCUGGAGCUGUUGGAAAAUGUGAAACUGGUUCUGACUGUAUCCUCCACAUGCACCAGCCAGGACCAGUUCGGUGCGGAAGACAUUGUACUGAAACGGUUGAAGGAGAAAACUGGCGAUGCCGACAGCUUCCUGUAUUUGACUCCUUUCACUCAAGAACAGUGGGAGGAUGUGCUGUGUUUUGGCGGUGGGGACAUUUACUCGGCAAACGGCGCUCUACAGUUACCUGAUGGUUGGAAAAAGUCUAAUGAGAAAAUUUCGGUGCAAGCAAAGAUACUGUGGUGGCUAGCUUGGCUUGGAGUGACGGAUUUAGCUGAUACCUCGGUGUCGUAUAUUAGCGAGAAGGUGUUUGAGAUUCUGGAGGAAAAAUUCACUGGCGCUUUUACUAGGUUCAUUAUAUCUGUCCUGCUAGCGGCGCGGGAAGGUCUACUCGAAACGGAGAUUAUUACGCUUAUUAGGAAUUCUAAUUUAGUUACAGGGUCCACCACCAAGUUAUGGACACAUUUUUGCUGGAAAAUGGGACCAUUAUUUUUGCACAACAAAAACAUAAUCGUUGUGGACAAAACGCUCAGAGAAGUAGCUAGGAAGCGAUACGAGAAGGACAUCCAAGAAGCGCACAAAACCCUGUACGACUUCUUUGAAAAGCAACCGAACUGCUACACCGACAAGAAGGGGAAGGAUAAAAGCUUCAACACUAGGAAAUUCAUAGAACUCCCAUACCACAAGUACAAGCUAGAAGCCAGCGCAGCAUCCUUUGCCACGUCGUCUUUCCUCACCGAUCUGGGCUGGCUUCACGAGAAACUAACCGCUACCGGCUGUGUUCAUUUGUUGAAUGAUAUAUGUUUAGUAAACUUAACGGAAAAUGGCGACGAUCCAGCUGUGGGCCAUUUGAUGGUGCUGAAAAAGUUCUUGGAAACACACUUCAAGGCCCUGAACUACGAUGGUCAACAGUUGUUUUCCUUGUUGUCCGUGUACAUCGAGGCAGAAAUGGAGACCGUUGGCUCGAGCUUGACUGAGAAUGAAGUACUGAAAAAGUGGCGAGUUUUCAUCGAUUCCAGUCCGGUAACAUAUCUGCAGAAGCUGGAGUAUAGUGAGGCAGGAGUAAUUACGGAAGAACCACCGAAGGAAAGUGGAGAUGUGAAGAGUGCACCGGUGGGUUAUGAUUUGAUAAUGAACUUGAACAUUGAUGGAUUCUUCGUUAUAUCGUUAAGCACCGAGAGAGAGGAGAUUUGCGUUUGGGAUGUUGCAAAGUGCAGUAAAGUGCGUACAUUGUUGGGUGUGCCACAGCCGUCGGCGAUUUGCCCAGUUGGAGAACAUGGUGUUGCAGUACUGUGCCGAAGAGAAAUCCGGAUGGUUGAUCUCGACGAUGGAAAGUUCAUGGUUACGCUGAAGGGCGUCAUGAACCAGAAGAUGCCAUACUUUGGUUUGCAUGAUUCAUCCCAUUUGGUUUGCCUGUCAAGAAAUCGAAUGUACGUUAAUCUGAUGAACAUUGAAUCUGGAGAUUGCGUAACGACCUUUAAGGCGGGCGAGGAUCGGUUCCUCAAUUCACUGCUGGUGUCUGGCGAUGGAAGAAUCCUGGUGUGUGGUGACGAAACUCAGAAACCGUUUCCGUUGCUGGUUUGGCAUUUAUCGCAGAAGAAGUUGCUCUACGAUCUUCGUAUACCCCAUCAUGACUUCAUCACCUCGCUGUCGGCCAUAACUCAUGAAGGAUCGUACGUGUGCGUGGUGGCCAAAGAACUUGCUGAACCCAGUCCGAAUUUCAUCGUCGUAUACGACCUGCAAAGUGGUACACUGUUCAAGAAGUGGAAGCCAUCGUGUAACACUGUCUCGUUAGCUAUCUCCCAAACCAACACGUGCGUUAUCGCCGGGUUGGAGGAUGCCCGAAUCUUGAUAUGGGACUUGGUUACAGGAAACUGUCGUUGUACGCUGACUGGACACAACGCACCGGUGACGCUGCUGAAGUUGGACCCGACGGGCAAAGUUCUGCUCUCCGGUGAUAAGGAAGGUCGUGACAUGUCCAUCAGGUUGUGGGAGCUGGACAGUGGCAAAUCGCUAGCCGUUUAUACUCCUCACGAGAAGAUAACUACCUGUGAGAUCCUCAAAGGAGGACAGUACCUGGCGAUUGCCCUUGAAAAUAGGGCCAAUAUCAUAACGUUGAAGUUGCGAGGGGCAAAUGUUGCCGAGCCGGAUAAGGCAGUGGAAGCGAUUGUUUACGGCAAACAAGAUAACUGUGGAAAAGUAUUCAAUUUGAAACAGUAACACAAUUAGGUUUAAAAUAUUUAUUUUUGGUUCAUUCAUAAUAUUUGUUCUAGAUUUAUGUUCAUAUUAUCGCCAUAAUAACAAUUGCACAUUUUAUAAGAACCGAAGUAAGUACAGAGCUACUCAUCUCAGAAUCGGAACAGUACACUUGGUACUACCAGACCAUGAUCGCGAUUCAGAUAGAUGUACAGUUCUGCAACCGUUCCAAAUGUUCUAGCAAUAAUAUCCAUGUCAUUCGUAAAAAUACCAAUUUGGCCGGAUUUCGUGCCCCAGCUGUUUGCACCUGUAGUACACCUUCCAGGGCAAUAUUGAACAGCAGACAUGAGAGUCUAUCCAACCUGCUAGACAGAUCGCCCGAAACCCUUACGCAGUUUUUACAGAUCGUUGGCUUUGAUCAGUCUCGUGGGCUUCCCGGAGAGGCCGUUCUCGUCCAUGAUUAUCCAUAGCUCUGUACAGUCGAUACUGUCGUACGUCGAGUCGCCUUGAAAUCGAUGAAUAGCGUUGGGGUCUGGUAGGUGAAGAUCUGGUCCGUUGUCGAGCGGCCUUCAAGGAAGCCGGCUUAAUAACAUCCUAUAAACUCAUUCCUUUUGGUGAAAGACGACGGAUGAUGAUCUGGAAUAGCACUUUGAAGGAGGCAGGCAGGCAGGUGACCAACUUAUCCGGGCCCAUCUUGAUGAGUUCAGCUCUGAUACCGGCUGAAUUAUUGUUCUUGCGCUGCUGGAUGGUAUCCUUUACUUCCCUCAACGUGGGAGUUGGCUCGUUGUUGCUUUUUGCUGUACUGACGUAGUCAUAUCUCCCGCUGCGAAGUCAUAUUGCGCUCCCCGCAAAAUUUCGUCCAAGUGUUGCUUCCAUCUUUAGAUCACCUCACGUUCGUCCGCCAAAAUGCUCCCGUUCUUACCCCGCACAUUUCGGAUCCCGGCACGAAGCCUUUGCGGGAUGCGUUGAGCUUCUGGUGGAACUUCUGUGUUUCUUGUUAACGGCACAGCGGUUCCAUUUGUUCGCACUCUGCUUCUUCUAUAGGCGGUGCUUUGUCUCCCGGAAGAGGCGGCUCUGCUGCUUAUGCGUUGUUUUAUAUCGUUCCACAUUCUGUCGAGUCCCGUGCUGCAGCAUGACCGACCACACUCGCUGCGAUCUUCUCUUCCAAAAUCUCUCUACACCCAUCCUCUACAUACCCUAGGUUGGUCUCAGCUGCGUUGUUUAUGGUGGCUUUUAUCGUACUUCAGCAGUCCUCGAGAGGGACUGUCUCAAAAUACCGCUUCAGUCUCUCCAGAUUAUACCGAGGCGGCCGUUGAUAUCGUAUGUUGUUAAUCACGUUGAGUUUAUGGUGCAUUUUCACCGCGUCAGGUAUUGGUCAGAGUCGAUGUUAGCACUACGAUAAGUCUUGUCGUCGAUAAUGUCAGAGUAGUACCUUCCGUCAAUCAGGCCGAUUUGGGAUUACGUCUACUGCGGUGGCGAAAUCAAUCAAUCGUAGACCGUUCUCGCUGGUGGGCGCUGAACAUUCCAAUCGACUGCCUGAAUUCGUCCUCGUGUCCUAGCUGAGCAUUUAGGUCUCCUAUCUGGCAGCUCUGGUAGAUGGUAUGAGUACCUCUAAAGGUUCGCAUCGUUGAACCUGUUCAACGCACCUCCUGCACCGUUUUCUGUUAUUCUCUUUGGUUUGCAAAUCUUCCUGUUUCAAUUUGAAAUAAAUAUCUCACUCAUAGAAACAAAAACAAAAAAAAAAGUAACAUGGAUUAAAGACAAAAUUUAACCCAAAAAUCGUUACUUGGAUCGUUAUUGCAUAAUAGCUAAAUCAGUAACACCUGAUUCCAUUCGUAAUGUAACCUUGGCCCGUAGAUGACGCAUAGAAUGACAAAGAUAGAGGAAAUUGCGGUUUCGGCAUUUUCGCAACCGGUCAGGUGAAUGGAAGUGUUAGUUAAUGAUCAUUUUUUGGCAUUAAGAUGCAUCAUGUACGGUACGUUCAUCGGUUUUGGCCAGCCUAAGGAAAAUCAUGUAAGCCAUGUAAGCUACCAAUAUCUUAAAUAAAAACAUUCAAUCCAUAUUUUGUGUAAAAAGAAUUGAGGAAUCAGGCUAAUACUUAGCAAUUGCAGUUAAGUUAGAAAUACAACACUAGUUAUGGCCAUACUCUUAGCUUUGGUUUCUAUUUUGACCAAUCGAAUGUAUUUUUUAUGGGUAACGCCAAAUGAGACGGCCGAAGCAGAUUUUUGAAAGCUGAUUUGUUAAGGGACAUUAUAUUUUCUGCCAUUUUUUCAAAUCAAAUACUUCAAGCUAUAGUUAUCAGUUAUCAAAUACUUUUAGUGAUAGCUAAUAGUUAUUAAGAUCUUCUAGUCUAAAAUUAAUGCAUGCCGAUUUAGAUCGCGACAGGUUGUCUUAUAAACUAUGUUUAAAAUUGACAACUGCCCAAAACUGAUGCUACUGAUUCUACUGGUGCAUCGUCAUGCCAAUAAUAAGAUCCACCGGUAACAUGUGAAGAAACUGCCCCAUCCGUCGUUUCCCCCGUAUAAAAUCUACGUACGUAAUUAUGGAAUCAUACUUGGCAAUCGAUGCCAAAUCGGAGUAAUAGUCAUUCAAAUUAAGAAUCAUAGUAGCGUUAGCUUGAAUUCAUUAUCAAAUUAUAGGCGCAGUGUGACUAACGCUCUUCUCGAUAACGUUUGUGUUAAUCGGAAUCCUGUGAAUAGCUUCCACUCAGUGUGUAUAAUUACGAAGCAGUAACGCGAUAGCUCAAGCAUUAAACAUCCAAGCUACCGCGGUGUGGUUCGUAAGCAGCAUUUUACUUAGAUACUGUAAUUAAAUGAAAUUCGAAAAUAAAAAAAGAGGAAAAUUGUAGAGCUCUAAGCGUACAGAGAAUUCGUCUAAAACAUAAUCAUUAAUGGGUAAGCAGAAUUCAGAAGCAAGUAAACUCUCGUACUAUUAUGUGUAUGCAUGGAACCAAGUAAGUCGAAUCAGCAACUAUACAGCCAAAUACAGCUGUAAACCAUUUAAAUUGGGUCACUAUCUAUAUCUAGGCUAAGACAGAGCUAUAGAUUUUGAGCAUUUGUGGAAUGUACCAAUGUAUUGUAUCGCAAUAGGCAAGAAGUCAUGUCAUUUCCAAAUAUCCACGAAACUUAAUCACAAGAACACUUUGCAUAGCAAUACGUACGAAAUGAAUGAGAACGUCGAAGCUCUCACAAUACAAUUGUUCUGUUCCUCAGACACACAAAACAAGUGUAAUCUUGGGUCCUGUACUAUCUUCCCUCUAUCUCAUAGGUUGUCUAUUGUGAUUAGGCUUCCAUUUUGGAUUAGUGAUGGUCUACUCUUGAGUAGAAAUCUUUAGGUUAGGUCGCACAAAAAUGUACAAUCAGUUUUUAUGACUUUUUUUUCUAUUUAGCAUAUCUGUGCACUGUUUUAUACUAACUUUUCAACUAUUAUUCAAAUAAAAAAUGUUACAUCAAGCUAAGUACUCACUCAUUAUACGUAUCAGCUAACUUAAAUAAUACACCGACGUGUGUCACAGCAUCCAACAAGAUAAGUGUGAGAUAGCGUCUAUAAAUAUCUGCUACUCGAUUAAAGGCAAUUUUCCACGUGAUCGGUGAAUUGUCGUUAUUGGGUAUAUUUGUGUGAGUGUUAUUUUAUUUAUUCCGCCAUCCAAAUAUCCAUAAAAUGGAAAAAUGUAUUGCAUCCAAACACAAAGAUUAAACUGAUGAAGCAACCGAAAAUACCAAAGCAUACCUUAGUUACGGUAUAGAACUGUAACGAGUAGCGAACAAACAAAGAAACCACAAAAAAACUAGUAGAAGCUCUCAUCUGGUAUGAGGAAUAAGGCUGGUCCUUUAAAAACCAAAAUGAAACAAAAACAUACAUCGUUAGGCAAAACAACAAUGACUUUAGCGUUUUAAUUAAUUUAAAUCAUGAUGAAACAACAAUGGUGAAGGGAGCGACCAACGCAAGAUCUACAAAAAAAAAACAA